GGGUCGAAGUGUCAAGAUGUCGAAGUGUCUUGCUACCACAGAGAACUAGACCGACACCAUCAAGAAGUUUUUCCCCAUUUGCAAAAGGUUACCGUGUAUGUGUGAACUAUUGGAAACAUGGAAAAAACGGCUAACUCACGCUUGGUAUUCAUCGUCGAAAUAGCUCUUCUUUGGACACCAGUUUAUGCAUUCGGAGUGGCAUUGAACAAGACCUGUUACAAUGACACAAACUGUACCGGGACACCCAAUUCUAGCACGUGUGUUGACACGGAUGGUAAAAAUGGACCAGACACCUGCGUGUGCAGUACAGGAUUUAGCCCAAAUGCCCAAAGCACUUCAUGCAUAGCACACGGUUAUCUCAACGGGGCGUGUGCAAGUCAUGCCGAUUGUGUCGGAUCCGCGCACGCUGGCACAUGCACAUCCGGUACUUGUGAGUGUGACGUUGGGUAUGCAGUAAAGACUGGCAGAUCAACAUGCGAAAUUGCAGUUGGAUAUCUGGAAGGUGGAUGCGCUUACAAUACAUCAUGUACAUAUACAGAGAAUGCUGAUAUGUGUGUAGACCACAAGUGUAAAUGCAACCCUGGGUAUACGGCUAGGGCUGGAAACACAUCCUGCGUUGCUGACGGCGCUCUUGGCGGAGUUUGUGCGGACCAUGCCAACUGCACAAAGACAGCUAAAGCAGGCAUCUGCAUGUGUGGGAAAUGUGUUUGUAACCCUGGAUACACCGUAAACGCCCACGAAACAGAAUGCAAUGCAGGGGGAGUGGCUAUGGCGUCAGCUUGGAUAGUGCUGUUAACUGUGAUGUUUGAAAUAUUCACUACUCUGUAAUGCGUCAAGAAAGCAGCAUAGACGAUUCUUAUGGGCUUACUUUUUUCUAUAGACAUAUUGUGCGUUGACUUUUUAUUGUAUCAUUU